UUGAAGCGAUAAAAUUUGCCACACAUUAUGUGGAAGUUAUUAAGUUUGGUUGUAUUAGUAGUGGUUUUUGUAUUUUUGUAUGUAAAAACUGUUGUGGAUUUUAACAAGAAUGUACAAGUAGAAGAAACUUGGUGGAAAUUAACUAAACCUCUAGUUGAAGAUACUGUUAUAAAACCGUUUAAAAUAAAUGUUUCUAAUGAGACUUUAAACGAUCUUAAAGAGCGUUUACAGAACGCUUUACCUUUCGAAAAAUCGCUAACUUUCGAUCAAAAUUAUGGAAUAAACGAGGUGCUUUUGAACACCGUUAUCGAUUUCUGGAAGAAACAAUAUCGUUGGAGGGAACGGGAGGUUUUCUUGAAUAAAUACCCGCAAUACUUUACCAACAUCCAAGGGCUCGAUAUCCAUUACAUUCACGUGAAAUCUUCGAAAUGUGAAGACAAUAAUAAAGUUGUAACUUUGCUGUUGCUGCAUGGUUGGCCCGGAUCGAUUAGAGAUUUUUAUGAAUUAAUAUCUUUACUAGAAGUCCCUGAUGAUGGGCGGAAGUUUAGUUUUGAAAUUAUUGUGCCAAGUUUGCCUGGAUACGGAUUUUCCGAAGCCCCCGAACUUCCAGGACUCAGUACACCACAAAUGGCGGUAAUACUAAAAAAUUUAAUGUCUCGCCUCAAUAUCGAAAAAUAUUACAUUCACGGAGUCGAUUGGGGCGCUUUCAUCGCCUCCCAUAUGGCUGCUCUCUAUCCAGAAAAAAUAACCGGAGUCCAUUCCAGCGUUUGCUGGUUAAACGUGCCCUCGGCUUACGCGAGACUCGUCCUGUUUAGCGCCUUUCCUUCACUAAUACUCGAUGGAAAAUACGAACAUUUGGUGUAUCCUUUGGUUGAUAAGGUUGAGUUUUUUGUCCAAGAGAGCGGUUAUUUGCAUCUUCAAGCCACUAAACCAGAUACUAUUGGUAUAGCUUUAAGAGACAAUCCGAUAGGUUUAGCGGCUUAUAUUACAGAGAAAUUUUCCACGUGGAGUAAUCCAGCUUGGAGGAAUCUGGAUGACGGAGGGAUAUCGAAAUACGAUUUAAACAAAAUACUCGAUAAUAUAAUGAUUUAUUGGAUAACCGGUUCGAUUACGACUUCCCUGCGAUUGUACAAAGAGUAUUUCAAUCAACUUGACCUCUCCUUGAGCAUAGACAGUUUACGAAAAAGUCGAUACAAGAAUUUAAUCAGUUUGCGAACGCACGAAAACGCCGGCCAUUUCGCGCAAUACGAAGCACCGGAAGUCCUGGCCCGAGAUAUCGGCGAAUUCAUCCGAAUAGUCGAGGAAAGUAGAUCCAAAUUUCACCACUCAAGCUUAGAAAGCAACUGA